AAACAAUUUACAAGUGGAGAAGAAUGAAUUACUUGAAGAACGUGAAAAAAUAAUUCCUAGUGAAAUUGGAAAUGAAUUGGGAGGAGAUGCCCAAGCUGUCCAAGCAUUAGAUGACAUGAUUGAGGUGACCAGUUCAGAAAUUGCUUACAUUAAUUCUAAGAUUCAUUCUUUGCAUAUUAGUAUUGCCGCGGAACAAGAAGAAAAUUGUAAACAAGAAGAAUCGAAUCAUGAUUGUGAAAAUAACAAAGAAGCUAGAGAUAAACCACAAAAGAAUAGUAUCAAGACUGGUGAAGCUGAACCUUCAUAUAACGUCGCGGUUCGCAUACUACAAAAUUUGGAUCAAUUCGAAUCUUAUGCAAUAUUGGAAUCCUUCUUUAAGGAUAUUAUUGAACUUCGAACUGGAGAUUGGUCUCGUCAAAUGAUUCUAGAACAACAAGAAAAGACAAUUAUUGAUUUAAGAAAUUCAUUAUUGGCCAUGCAAAGAGCUACGGCUUUUACAACAAGUGAAUACGAGAAGAAAAACGGAGAACUCGAAGAAGCUUUACGUCUUGAAGAGAGAUCAGAAACACCAACAAAAGAUGAUGGUUUUGAUUCAACAAAGAACAAAUAUAAUGUUGAAAGACGUGGUAGUGUCGCCAGUGCCGCCAGUGUCAUCGGUGUCACCAAAAAUUAUGAAGAAAUAUUAGCAACAUUAGAAGGAAGCGAGAAGAAUACCGCCUGAACUAAAAGCACAAGCAUAAUUUAUUAAUCUU